GAGAUGACCGGCAGGAAGUUGCCCCAAUGGGCUGCGGAGUGGUUAGUGAGUGCUUGACGGACAGACGCGUAGGCCAACGGCUGGCCUUCAGUGUCUGUGGUUUCGUCCAAUGGAGCAGCGCCGGGGCGGGGCCGCGGCUCGGGUUUAAUGAGACUCCAUUGGGCUGUAAUCAGUGUCAUGUCGGAUUCAUGUCAACGACAACAACAGGGGGACACAAAAUGGCGGCGGCUUAGCUCCUACCCCUGGCGGCGGCGGCAGCGGUGGCGGAGGCGACGGCACCACCUCCAGGCGGCAGCCGCGGGUUCUUUUUCAGGCAGCGGCAGCGCCCCCGGCAGGCGAGGUGGCGGUGGCGCGCAGCCAGACUUGCCUGAAGACCUGGACAAUCUUCAUUUUUGUCACGGACUGUUAAAAACAUUUGGAGUUCCAAUUCUGGUUUUGGUUUCCUAGUUAAAGAUGUUCUUCACUUGAACGCAGUCUUUCCUGUUGGUAAAAUAAGACAUCUUUCUCCAUUGCCUGCCUGUUUGUCCUCUUUGGAUUCUCUGAAGGAUGGAUGUUUUUAAGAUGUUGCUUAAUAUGAUCUGGAAUACCCUGCCCAUUUGUUGAAUUGUACACGACUUUCAAAUGUGCGAGUCCUGUUAAAUACAAGGAGAACCUCUAUGGGUAACUUUUGUGUUGAAGAAGUCAUUUGUCAACCAUGGUAAAACUUGCAAACCCACUUUAUACAGAGUGGAUUCUUGAAGCUAUACAGAAAAUCAAAAAGCAAAAGCAAAGGCCCUCUGAAGAGAGAAUCUGCCAUGCGGUCAGCGCCUCCCAUGGGCUGGAUAAGAAGACCGUGUCCGAGCAGCUGGAGCUCAGCGUCCAGGAUGGCUCCGUGCUCAAAGUCACCAACAAAGGCCUCGCCUCCUACAAGGACCCGGACAACCCCGGGCGCUUCUCGGCGGUUAAGCCGGGCACGUUUCCUAAGUCAGCCAAGGGGUCGAGAGCGUCCUGUAACGAUCUCCGCAACGUGGACUGGAAUAAGCUCCUAAGGAGAGCAAUCGAAGGACUCGAGGAGCCCAGUGGGUCCUCGCUGAAGAACAUCGAGAAGUAUCUCAGAAGCCAGAGCGAUCUCGCGAGCACCACCACCAACCCGGCCUUUCAGCAGCGCCUGCGGCUGGGCGCCAAGCGCGCCGUCAACAACGGGCGGCUGCUGAAGGACGGGCCACAGUACAGGGUCAACUACGGGGGCGCCGACGGCAAGGCGGCGCUGCUGGAAUUAGUCUCCCAAACUAGAACCAAGCUGAGCAGCAGUGACUCGCUCGUUGUUUCAGACCUUCCAGCCGUGGGCUGUGUCCUUUAG